AUGGUCGUCAGGGUGUUCGGUAGGCAAGUAACGUGUCGGUGGCGGUCGUGCCACGAAAACACCACCACCUCAGCUAUAAUGACUGUCGUUGCGGUGGUGAAAAGGCAAACCGUGGACGCGGGCAUUCUUCCGUCAGGGUCAAACGCCCGCCCGCUGGACAAACGGUCACGCACGAACGGAACAGACCAGGCGAUUGUGUUCAGCCGUCGUGGCGUGAAUAGACCAGCGAACGACCGGCGGCCGGGCCCGGCACCUGCAAGUGUCGUAGGCGCUUAUGGCCCCCGGAUUGCGCGAUCCAGGCCACACACUUUCGACGACGCAGGCGUUGAAUGGCCAGGCGUAAUGGGGCCAGGUGAUAAUGAGAAGCAGCGAGCGAGCGCGCGAAGCUCAGCUCCAUUUUACGACCGUCAUUUAAGUGUGUUCAAUAGCGCUUUGCGCGUAAUUGCCCCAUCGACGACACCCAUAAUCACCGGCCAACUAGCGCUGAGGAAAUGA